GUUCGGGUCUUAUGGGCGCCGCUUCUGUCAGUUAUGUGGUCGACAAGAAUAAGAGAUACACGACAGCAAUGAAACUAUCCAUUGCUUUGGCAACUCUUUCAAUCAUUGGAUUAUUAGUAUCACUUAAUUAUACAAACAAUAAACUUGUAAUCUCUAUAUUCUGUGCUAUUUUUGGAUUCUUUGGGUUCAUGUCAUACCCUCUGGGAUUAGAGUUGGGGAUUGAGUGCUCUUUUCCAGUGGUUCCCGAGGCCACCACUUCUGGACUACUAAUGAUUUCGGGACAAAUUCAGGGCAUUGUCUUCACAUACCUUAUCACUCAAUUAGCCGUCGAGUCUUUGCCUGGAAUUUAUGACUAUAAAUAUAACCCUUUUUUGAUAAAUCCCUCCUCAGACAAAAAGUUAGACACAGGAGUCGUGGGAAAGAUGGAAAUGUCUGUCUAUAUUCCGGAACUGAUUCGCAACUUUUGUAUCAUUUCUCACAUAAAUCACGGGAAGACUACUCUUUGCGACCGUUUGCUCGAAGAGACCAAAACUAUACCCAAAGAAAUUAUUGGUAAACAAUAUUUGGAUAAAUUGGAUGUCGAGAUGAGAAGAGGAAUCACAGUUAAGGCACACACGUGUUCGAUGGUCUGGAACUACAACAACACCCCAUAUCUUCUCAAUAUGAUAGACACUCCGGGUCACGUGGACUUCAGUUACGGAGUCUGGCGAUCGGUGCCCGCGUGUGAGGGCGCUAUCCUUGUGGUGGACGCCAAGAGCGGAGUAGAAGCCCAAACUGUAGAUUACUUCAAACAUGCUCAAAAAUCAGGGUUACAUAUAAUUCCAGUCAUCAACAAAAUUGAUCUCAAGAAAGCGGAUCAACAGUCUGUCGCUCUUCAGAUGAACAAAUGGUUUGAUUUCAAAGAAGAGGAUAUUUUGCACGUAUCGGCCAAAUGUGGAACAAAUGUUGAACAACUGUUAAAUGAAUUGAUUGUUAGGAUUCCCGCCCCGAGAGGCGACCCAAACAAUCCCUUUUUAGAGUCGGACUAUCAAUUGUGUUCGCGAAACAUCAAUAAAUUGCUUCUCAAUUACAGUGCCGUCCAUUUGAAUACAGAGUCACAUCCGGCGUUCGGCAAAGGCUUUCGAUUUGAUACUCAAGUUAUAAUACUACCUCCAAGUGUUCCCUACAAAGUCAAAAUAAAAGGAGACAAGAAUAUAAAAAAGUAUGGACGCGAAGAACUCAUUAUAACGAAUGCAUUAGAAUUACCAAAUGUCAACAUUAUUAGCGAAUUCUUUGAGCCGAUGGUCAUCGGGACUGUCACUACACCUGAAAAUUACUCGAAACAUGUGUCCAGAAUAUGUCUUAAUAGACGUGGCGUUCACAUCAAUACCUGUUAUUCUGAAAUGAAUACCACAACUCUUUCGUAUAAGUUUCCAUUGAGUGAAAUAAUUAUCGACUUUAACCAUGAGUUAAAGGCUGUCACAUCGGGUUACGCCUCGUUUGUCUACAAAGACAUUGGCUAUGAGAGCACCGAUUUAGUCAAACUCGAUAUACUUCUUAAUGAUAAGCCCGUCAAUCAGUUGUCUCAUUUGGUGAAUGCGUUCAGAGCCACAACAUAUGGCAAGAAUAUGUGCGCUAAGCUUAAGAACCAUCUAAAGCGACAUCAAUUCGAUAUCAAAAUCGAGGCCGCGAUCGGAGAUGAGAUUGUGGCCCGAGAGGACAUCAAAGCCUAUCAUAUGGGUAGUCAUAUAACACGAGUUGACAUUACUAUAAUCGUUGUUUCCUAUUCUGGUAACAGAUAUGAAGCCAAAACUAUUGCGAGGAAAAAGCACUCGCAAACAGAAACUAUUGAAACCACACAUUGA